AAGUUUCUGUUGUUUUUUUGCAGUUUGGUGAACCAAUCAAUGGCCUAUCUGGAUGCGGGGCAAGUUCGACGUGUGCUGCACGAAGCAUUGGAUCUUUGGGCUCAGAAUGCGAAUUUGACCUUUCGUGAGGUGUACAGCAACGAGGCAGACAUCCAAGUCUUGUUCGCGAGGCAAUUCCACGGCGAUGGCUACAAGUUUGACGGACCUGGUAAGAUCUUGGCUCAUGCGUUCUACCCCGGCACUGGCAUCGGAGGUGAUGCCCAUUUCGAUGAAGAGGAGACUUGGCUGCUGAAUGAACCACUGGGGACCGACGGUACUCGGUUAUUUGACGUGGCGGUUCAUGAAUUCGGUCAUUCACUAGGCCUGGGACACUCUUCGGUCAAGGAAGCCAUCAUGUUCCCGUGGCAUCAUAUCUCCUACCGUGGAAAAGACACCAUUCCAGAGGACGACCGCCUUGGUAUUCAAGGCAUCUACGGUCCCAAAAAGAAAACUUACGGUCGCAACCCGGAACGACACACUCCCACAACCUCAUCCACUACGACAACCACAACCCCGGCACCGCCACGUCGACCACCUACCCAGCGAUACUAUCCCCGCAAAGAUCACAACGGUCACCCGUGGGAAGGCUUAGAUCCCAAAUACCCGACCUACCCGAAAAGAACCACCACCACAAGCACGACAACGGAGAUCCCACGACGCCGUGCCUACUAUCCGGACAAACCCCGCGGUGUCGGAACCACCUAUCCCACGCGUCGCCCGUACCAGGAACAGCCCUAUCCUCGGGAGCCGGACACGGAACGCCCCACGCACAUUCCAACUCCAACCAAGGUACAUCACCACCAUCAUCAUCACCAUCACACACAUUAUCCGGUCACGAGACCAACUCUGCCACCGACCCCCGAGCCAUGCGACUCCAAUUACGAUGCCAUCACCAUCAUCCGGAACGAACUUUUCAUCUUCAAGGAUCGCUACCUGUGGCGAAUCUUCGAAGACGACGUCCGAAACCGACCACCAAUCGAGAUCGAUCGAAUGUUCAUCGGGCUACCGAAGAACUUUGAGCGAAUCGAUACCGUGUACGAGAACAAGCACCAUAAGAUUGUGUUCUUCAUUGGUAAACACUACUACGUGUUUAACUCACGAGAAUUGGAACCGGGUUAUCCGAAGCCACUGACCCACCUGGGACUACCGGAAAGCAUCGAGCGAAUCGACGCCGCUUUGGUGUGGAGCUACAACAACCGAACGUACCUGUACAGCGGCCGACUGUAUUGGAGAUUCGACGAAGACGCCAACCACGUCGAACUGGACUACCCGCGGGACAUGUCGAUGUGGAAGGGCAUCGGCUACAACAUCAAUUCAGCCUUCCAGAACCGGGAUGGCAAGACGUACUUCUUCAAGGGCAAAGGCUACUGGCGUUUUGACGAUCUGCGGAUGAGUGUGACUCAUUUGGACCCGCACCCGUCGGCCGAGCGAUGGAUGAAAUGUAAACAGGAACCGAAACAGAAGGAACCCAUCAUACACAUCACCACCGAGGAUCAACGGGAGAUCAUCAUCAGCGGGUCUGACGGCUCCGGUAGAAGGUGGACCGUCGGAAACGCGCUAGUGCUGGGAGCAGUUGUGUUAGUUAGUUUAAAAAUUACCAUUAUGAGAAUCCAUUAGAAUAAG